AAGGGCUGGAAGAUGUACAGCAAGAGAAAAGGCUGCAACAGAGGAAAGAGCCACAUCCCACUGAUUCAGCAGAAUUUCUGAUGGCAGAAAUGCCAUUUGUUGACACAGAUAUUGAAGAAGAAUUUGCUAUGCAUGCAGCCUCUGAAAUAAAUAUAAAAAAGAAAAGAAAGAGGACUACUGGAAGAGAAACUGAAGAAGGCAGUGAGAGAAAGAAGAAGAAGAAAAAAGAGUAUCAGCCAAAUUAUUUCAUUUCUCUUCCAAUUACUAAUCCUGAGAUUACUGGCGGUAUUCAGGCUGUCCAAAAUGCAAUAAUACAAAAGGAUCAAAGGCUUUCCAAAGCAAUGAUUCACUCUGGCUCUUUGCAUGUCACCAUGCUAGUGAUGCACUUAUCCAAUAAAGAAGAAAUUAGCAUAGCAGUUGGUGCUCUUUCAGACAGCAAGGAUUUUGUAGAAGAUCUCCUGAAGGGAAAAACUGUGGGUUUGUCUUUUCGAGGAAUUGAUCACUUCAAAAAUGAAGUUGGAUUUGUGAAGUUGGCAGAAGAUGAUCAUACUGCUAUCCUCAAGGAAAUAGCAGAGACUAUGAGGAAAAUAUUUCAAGAGAAGGGCAUCUUGGCAGGAGAAGAAAGAGCUUUUAAACCACAUCUGACCUUCAUGAAGUUGUCAAAAUCAACACAGCUGCGUAAGCAGCUGAAGAGAGACAGAAUAGCUGCUGAUGUCUUCUAUGAGCUGUACUGUAAGCCGUUACAGGAAGUUUGA